AUGUCUGCGUGGAGAAAAGCCGGUUUGACCUACAACAACUACAUGGCCAUUGCCGCACAAACCGUGCGCUCUGCUUUGAAGAGCGAGGUGCAGAGUGCCCAAAUUCUGGGCAGAAACAAGACGGAGGCCAAGUUCGUGAAGUUCGAAAACGGCGCUGCCACUUCCGAGCCUGAGCUUUUGAAGAAAUAG